UUUCAAAAGUUCUAAUGGAAAGUCAAAAUGGAGGAGGAGAGUCAUUGAUUGGGACUACAAAGAUAGCAGUUUUACCCAUAGCAAAGGUUUUUACAGUUUGCUUCUUGGGAUUUCUUCUUGCUUAUUUUAAGCUAUUACCUGCCAAUGGAAGGAAGCUUUUAAAUGGGUUGGUUUUUUCACUUUUACUUCCAUGUUUGAUAUUCUCUCAACUUGGACAAGCCAUCACUUUAGAGAAAAUGAUUGAGUGGUGGUUCAUUCCUUUUAACGUUGUUCUGGCUACCAUAUCAGGGUCGUUAAUAGGUCUACUU